AUAACGGGGAGUGUCCCGGGCCAGAAGCAUAAACAGCGGCUCUGCACUCCGCUGCUCCGCCGACUCGACGCCUCUCUGCUCCCGCUGCAGCUAGAAGCGCUCACCGCGGCUCAUCAGGUCCACAGCAGUCCGUGCGUCCGUCCCCCACCACAACAUACGCGUUCAGGCAGGAUGGCAGUGCAGCACCCAGAGUUUGAGCGGGCUGGACAGACACCAGGCCUCCAGGUGUGGAGGGUGGAAAACUUUGACCUGGUGCCCGUUCCAGAGAAACUGUAUGGCGGAUUUUACACCGGAGACGCCUACCUCAUCCUGAACACCAUCAAACAGCGCUCCGGGAACCUGCAGUAUGACCUCCACUUCUGGCUGGGUGAUUUGUGCACCCAGGAUGAGAGUGGUUCAGCGGCCAUCUUUACAGUCCAAAUGGACGACUUCCUGGGGGGAAAACCCAUCCAGUACCGCGAGGUCCAGGGAUACGAGUCCAAAACCUUUCUUGGCUACUUUAAGUCUGGAAUCAAAUACAUGAAAGGGGGCGUGGCGUCUGGGUUCAAGCAUGUUGUCACUAACGAGGUGGUUGUGCAGCGGGUGCUCCAGGUCAAAGGUCGCCGUGCUGUCCGGGCAACAGAGGUGGCGGUUAGCUGGGACAGCUUCAACCAGGGAGACUGCUUUAUCCUGGACCUGGGAGAUGAGAUUUAUCAGUGGUGCGGCUCCCAGAGCAACCGCUUUGAGAAGCUGAAGGCUACUCAGGUCGCCAAGGGUAUCCGUGACAACGAGCGCAGUGGGAGGGCCCGAGUUUAUGUCUGUGACGAGGGGAUGGAGAGAGAGAAGAUGCUGGAGGUGUUGGGUCCUAAACCAGAUCUGCCUGUUGGAGCCUCAGAUGACAUCAAAGCUGAUGCUGCUAACAGAAAGAGGGCCAAACUCUACAAGGUGUCCAAUGCCAAUGGAGGCAUGACCAUCGCUCUGGUGGCAGCAGAGAACCCGUUCGCCCAGAGCGCCCUGGAGUCCGGUGACUGCUUCAUUCUGGACCACGGAUCUGAUGGCAAGAUCUUCGUCUGGAAAGGCAAAGACGCCAACAUGGAUGAGCGAAAGGCAGCGAUGAAAGCAGCAGAUGAGUUCAUCAAGAAGAUGGGUUACCCCAAACACACUCAGGUCCAGAUCCUGCCAGAGAUGGGUGAGACGCCUCUCUUCAAACAGUUCUUCAAAAACUGGCGAGACAGAGAUCAGACAGUUGGCCUGGGCGUGGCCUACAUCGCUAACAGCAUCGCCAAGAUCGAGAAGGUGCCCUUCGAUGCCGCCAGCCUGCACGACUCAGCCGCCAUGGCCGCCCAGCACGGCAUGGUGGAUGACGGUAGUGGAGAGAAACAGAUCUGGCGUAUUGAAGCGUCCGACAAGGUGUCAGUGGAUCCGUCCACACACGGACAGUUCUAUGGAGGAGACAGCUACAUCAUCCUUUACAACUACCAUCACGGAGGACGUCAAGGACACAUUAUCUACAUGUGGCAGGGAAUGGACUCCAGUCAGGAUGAAAUCGGGGCCUGUGCGAUCCUCGGCGCCCAGCUGGAUGAUGAGCUCGGCGGUGGCCCUGUGCAGGUUGUCGGUGCUCCUAUAACCACUCAGGUGAGGGUGAUGCAGGGGAAAGAGCCGGCCCACCUGAUGAGUCUGUUUGGAGGACAGCCCAUGGUGGUGUACAAGGGAGGAACGUCCAGAGAUGGAGGUCAGUCUGCUCCCGCAGAGACUCGACUCUUCCAGGUGCGCUCCAACUCUGCAGGACACACCAGAGCUGUGGAGCUUGAGGCGGUGUCAUCCCACCUGAACUCCAAUGAUGCUUUCCUUCUGGUGACCCCCGGAGGCUCCUUCAUGUGGGUGGGAGUGGGUGCCAGUGACACCGAGAAGCAGGGAGUUCAGCAGCUGUGUGACAUCGUGGGAGUGUCUGCCUCUGAGCUGCCUGAGGGAGGAGAGACUGAUCAGUUCUGGGAGGCUCUGGGAGGAAAGGCCGAAUAUCGCACUUCUACCAGACUCAAGGACAAGAUGGACGCUCAUCCACCCAGGCUCUUCGCCUGCUCCAAUAAGACUGGAAACUUCAUUAUUGAAGAGGUACCAGGGGAGAUAACCCAAGAUGACCUCGCCACUGAUGAUGUCAUGAUCCUCGACACUUGGGAGCAGGUGUUCAUCUGGAUCGGAAAUGAGGCCCAAGAGGAAGAGAAGACUGAAGCAAUGGCGUCUGCUGUCCGUUACAUCGAGACAGAUCCGGCCAACAGAGACCGCAGGACGCCCAUCGUCAAAAUCAAGCAGAGCUUUGAGCCGCCAACCUUCACCGGCUGGUUCCUGGGCUGGGACCACGACUACUGGACCAGCGACCCCCUGGAGCGCGCUAUGGCUGAACUGGCCAUUUGAGAUCUCAAGUGAUCCUCCCUUCCUUCCUCCCUCACUAUCAGCCCCAAGUCUUUCACCCCACUGCUCCACUGCAAGCACUGAGCUCCAAUCAUAAGACUUUUACACCUGCAGAAACGCCCUGAAAACAGGAGUUUCAUUCUUCCUUUUUUGUUGUGCUUUUAAGGGAUACAGGUCAAUGAGCAGUGUUUUAAUUGACUACAGUGAUGCCUUUUUACCCAUUAUGAAACCAACUAGUACAGCUUUAAUACACAGGCAUCCUGUAGGGUUUUGCACUAAAUAUAGUCUGCUACUAUGACUUUUACUGAAGCCAAUUCUUCUCAUUUAUUUUAUAUGUUGAGAAUAAAACCUGUUCACUAGUGAAAUGUAAUGAAAACAAACAGUCUUGGUGUGCGGCAACAUCGCAAAAACUCACUGCCAAGAAAACACUGCUUAUCAAGAGCAAUACAACCGAUGCCUUAAUAUUCUCUCCUCUAGUUUACAGUAAACCUGCUUUUUUUUUUUUUUUUUUUAAAAAGGUACUGUUCCAGUUUAACUAUGCCUUUAUAGCCAAGUUGUUUGUACCUUCAGUUUAGAUGCCUAUUAUAUUUAUUUUUGAAAAAAUGCCCAGGAAGCUUAUGUGAUGCUGCAGUGGCCAACUGUAAACAGGAAACCAAUGCUUUGCUGCUUUACAAUCCAGUUACGUCUUCUGUGACACUUUCUAAAGGUUUCCCUAAGCCUUGUUAUCAUUUCAAUAAAACGAGAUGAAACAUG